UAACGUUAAACUAGAGAGACGCCGCCGCCUGUCCGCCGUACCGGGGAUGGAUUUAGAAGAAGCUCUUCAAGUUGUCGGUGCGUUUGGACCCUACCAGAAGCGGGCGGUGGCUGUCCUUGUCCUGACACAGGUGUACAUGGCCUGUCAGUCCAUGCUGAUUGUACUGGUUGGAUCUACUCCAGAGUACCACAUCGAGCCGCAGGACGUGGUCUCAUCCAGCCAGCAGGAGCUCCACCAACACGUCGCCUUUACAGAGGACAUUGACUCCAUCGUGACAGAGUGGUUUCUUAUCAAGCAGCAGGCCUAUAAGGUCAGUCUAGCCGGAUCGCUGUUUUUCGCCGGGCUUCUGGUCGGGAACAUCGUGUUCGGGCCGCUCUCCGACAGGAUCGGAAGGAGACCUGUUUACUUGACGGGUCUGUUUUUUGAGGUGAUCUUCGGGUAUGUGACCGCCUUCGCACCCAGCUAUGAGGUCUUCGCCGUGUCUCGUCUCCUCGUGGGGCUGAUGAACGGCGGCAUCGGCCUCGUCGGCUUCGUUCUCACUCAGGAGUACGUGGGCAGGUCCUACUGGGCCAUGACCGGGACGUUGACAAGCAUAAGUUUUGCAGUCGGCAUCGCACUGUUUGCAGCUCUGGGCUACUUUAUCCGGCCGUGGAGGACUCUGGCCAUCGUGGCCAACUCGUCUGGUGUCCUGUUCUUCCUGAUGUCUGUAACUCUUCCAGAGUCUCCUCGCUGGCUGUAUUCUCAGGGUGAGACGGAGCAAGCUGAAGAGGUUCUGCGCUACAUGGCGCUGAGGAACGGCAACGCUGUCAAACACCUGACACUGAAGCGUGUCGGUGCUGCUAAAGCCGGUAAUCGCAGCGGGCGUGCGGGUGUCCUGCAGCUGGUGCUCCAUCCAGUCCUCCGUCUGAGGACGAUGGUGCUCAUGUAUGUCUGGUAUGCGUGCAGUCUGGUGUACUACGGUCUGACUCUGGGAGCCGGUGACACGUCUGGAAGCCGUUAUGUCAACGUAGCCAUGUACGGCCUGGUGGAGCUGCCCGCCUACCCGCUCUGCAUGUACUUCAUCAACAAACACUGGGCUGGGAGGAGGAAAAGCAUGGCCAGUUUCCUGUGUCUGGCUGGCACUUCCUGCUUCUGCACCAUGUUCAUCCCCGAAAACACAGGGACCUUGCUGAGCGUUACGUUGUUUGCGCUUCUGGGGAAACUGUUGGUGAGUGCAGCGUUCAACAUCGCCUACGUCUACACCUCUGAACUCUACCCAACAGUUAUCAGAAAUGCUGGUUUGGGGGUUUGUUCCAUGUCGUGCAGAGUUGGAGGAAUCCUUGCUCCCUUUGUUCCUUCCAUGCGGGCUCUCCACACCUCCAUGCCUUUCACUGUGUUCUGUCUGAGCGGUCUGUCUGCAGGCUGCCUCGGCCUCCUGCUGCCUGAAACCCUCAACGGACCUUCAGCAGAGACUCUGGAGGAGCUCAGCAGCCCGAACCACAACCGAGUGCUGGAGAGCAAGGCUCUUUUGUAUGAAGAUCACAAACGUAAAUCAAACCACGACUGAAGCCAGCGGUGUCGGGUCUCCGUUACCAGAGCAGCAACGCAGAUUGUCUUCACCUCAUUCCUUACUGCUGCCUCAAGAAAACAGUGAACUCUCCCUGUUAUAAUUAACUGGAAGGACUAGUCACCAUGUUUGUCUGUGAACUAUGACAAUUCAAAUGGGGCAGGGAAGCAGACGCUGACCAACGCUUUGCCUUCAGGAAGAGGGCGUUAAUCGACUGACUAGCAGUUCCUCUUUUUUUAACGGCCGACCCGCUGCCUUUAGUUAAUCUCCUGAAUGUCGUCAUGGUCUUUGUGCCUUAUUUGGAGGUGGACCGCUGAGAGAGACAGAUAUGUGACUUACUUUAUAUUCCAGAGAUGCCGGGAAGUCGGAAAAUCAAACUUGCUGAUAGCAGAAGUGUAAUGAAGCAUGAUGCAGUUAUCUGACAUUACACACACUCUACACAUGCCGACUUCCAACAUGUUAAGAUUCCUCAAAGUACAGUUAACUUAGAUUUUUAGGACCAUAAAAUGUGCUUGAUGCUAAACCACAAAAUCUUUCCCUUGCGUCUCUGGCGGUUAGCUCCGUCCUGUCACAUGCUUAAGUGUAAUAAGCCAGUGUUGUAGUCAAGACCACCUAAACCCGGUCAGAGUGUAUCUGUAUCGAGACCGAAACGAGACCAAAACUUUGAGUGUUUGAGCCGAAGUGAAGACCAGAACCAAGGCAGUAAGAGUCCCACUCUGCAUGACACACUUUCAAUAAUAGAUGUGGAUCAUGCGAACCACAGGCUCUCCUUCCUUGAUCUGAAAGAGCACACCUUGCACCUUUUUAUUUUCUGUAUGGGCUCAGUGCUGCUUGAUAUAUAAGAGCUGCUGUGUUCCUGAUUUGGGGAUGUCGUAUAGGUAUGGGCUUUCAUUGGUUUCAGAUUUUUCUUUUACAUUUUUAUUCUGUUAAAUCUGGGAAUCUUAAAGGCUCUUUGUGCUUAAGCAUGCAAUAUAAAUACUAUUAUUAUUAUUAUUAUUGUUAUUAAUAAUAAUACACUAGUGGGCUACUUAUUUCUGCUUUCUUAUGGUCAAGGAAAAAAAUAUGCAGUAAAAUAGUGGCUGUAAUUUCAUCAGAGAUGUUAGUUGCGUUUGUUGGGUUCAAUUCUGACGAGCAUUUAUUGGGGUUAAAAUAGGGAGAAGAAUGCUCGACCUCAGAACGAGAACCUCACUCAACAUCUUGAUAAACGUGAAUAAGUAACCAGCAAAGAAUGUCAAAGAAAACACCCAGCAAUCAGCUAUUUAAUAAAUUAGUCAAAGCUUUAAUCUUCACCGUUUGAGUCAUAAUCAUGCAGCACUACAGCCUGAGGGUCAGUCAGGAACUUAUGGGGGGGGAUUUUUGGGGAAAUCUGAAUCGUAGUCAUGUAGGUCUGAAUUGUCUGACUGCGUGAAGAGCAGCUGGUGACGGUGGGACCGAAACAUUUCAGGGAUUUCACCCCCAGCUGAGAGAUGCUUAAUGUUUAUUUUUGUUAAAAGAAAGAAGCUUUGCACAGAAUGUUGACCACAAAACAGUGAUCAGUUGACACAUUCAUUUAUUAUGGUGCCAAUGUGUGUGAAACAGUUUAGACUUUAGAUAAAUAGUAAUCAGUCAAACCACAACUCUGGAACAAAAACGUAAGUCAUUUUUUUUUGUACGUGCAUCAAAGCAUGUCAUCACUGCCCUUUGUGCCUUCUCAUGUAGCCUUGAACUAUAAAUGCUUUUAAAGAAAUAAAAUGUAAGAUAUUGUUGAGAUGUAAAUAGAGAUAUAGGAAAUCAGUUGUUUGAGAUGUUUUAUAUGCCAUCAGUUUGUAUUGUAUCUGUAUACAAUCCUACUCUUACAACGUGCACUAUGAAGAUAUUCUGUGCAUACAAUGUCUCUGGGUCCUUCAAAUGUUAAAUGAUCUAUUUAUGUUAAAGACAGUAAACGACUGGAAAACAUGAA